AUGGCAAGACAAAAUUUUAUUGGGGUUGUUCUUACCCAAGGAAAGAUGGCAAAGACAGUUAAAGUACGUGUCCAAGGGAAAGUUUUUGAUAAGAGAAUUGGUAAAGAAAUCCUUACCAGAAAAGACUUCCUUGUGCAUGAUGAAGGUGAUAUAUGUAAAGAAGGGGAUCUUGUCAGAAUAGAAUCCAUACCAAAACGUUCCAAACGUAAAGCAUUUGCUAUUGCUGAAAUCAAAGUCAAUAAAGGUCAACAAUUUGCUGCUUAUGAAGAAAUGGCUAAACAGCAAGUCAAACUUGAUGAAGAACAACAUGCCAAACAGUUUAUCGAGAACAGAAACGAAUUCAGUAAGAUCAUUACUAAAUUAGAGGAUUUAAAAAAGAUGGAUAAAUUGGCUUAUGGAAUCACUAGUAAUGAAGAACAAGACAAAUCAGAUUUAAUUAAAGAGAUGAACCAAAUAAAGGAAAAAUACAACAUAAAAUCAUGGCCAACUACAGAACCAACAGUCGAUCUCGAGUUGAACAAACCAAUUUUCCUGGAUGAAAAAGAGAAAAGGUUGUAUUAUAUCAAACAUAUUUUAACUGAAGCCUUAGGUAAUGAGAAAUACGAAUCAUGGAAGAAGUCAAUAUUAGAUAAAGAAUUAAAGCAUGCAACAGACAACACUAGCAGGGCUAUUCAAAAGAAUGUUUUAAGAAAAUACAUUUUGGAUGUUAGAAACGAGUGUCCUGUUCCAUUACCAUAA